CCUCCACACCGGUAUGUGGUGCCAUAUUUCUGUCACAGACCGCGGUUGCUUAAAAAGCAGACGAUGAGGUGGAUUGAGUAUAAUUCUUCUCCUCGCUUUCAUGCCCGUUUGUGCUUGGGUUUCCCUUGAAAUUGAUUUCGUAUAUCCCAGCAGUUUCUUUUUGGCUUAAGACGACCUCACUAUAUUGAUUUGAUCGUUCCUUUUCAGUGGUCUCAGAAAGGCGUGUUUGAGCCUUUGUUAAAUGGAUAUCUUUCUCAAGUUCAAUUAUCAACUUGCGGCUUUCUAUUCUCUUUUCAGUUGAGGAUAGCGGGAAUCCAAGUGACAGAGGUUAUCAACCGGCCGUUGCUACAUCGACAUUUUCAUUUCAAAGGGAAAUAAAGGGAAUUUCACUCUAAUUGAUUUCAUAACCCAAAAAGCAAAGCUGGACAACCGGAGCCCAAGCAAGAUAUUUCUAUUUAGUUGUCCCGUGACGGAUACUUUGCAUCUGAGUGCCAUUGACCGUGUAAAUAGAUGGCGGAAGGAAAAGAGAUACCCGUUGCGGCAAAUGUUCUGGGCACCAUCGGAACCGUGCUAUGGUGCAUCCAGCUCGUACCUCAAAUAUGGUACAACUGGAGGAGGAAAAACACGGAUGGCCUGCCAGCGUCCAUGAUGCUCCUAUGGGCCCUAUGUGCUCCUCCAUUCGGUAUCUAUAUGAUUCUACAAGGUGUCAAUAUACCUAUUCAAAUUCAACCGCAGAUCUUUGGGACAUUAUGCUUAAUAUGUUGGGCGCAGAUUCUUGUUUAUCACCACAAUUAUACGAGGGUUAAGGCAACUGUAAUUACCCUUGCUCUCGCAGUGUUGCUGGGUGGCUCGGAGGUCCUUUUUAUUCUUACGUUAAGGAUCCCGUACAGAAAAGGCAUUACUUGGCCGGCGCUCUUGUUUGGGAUUCUCGCCACAAUACUUCUUGUGCUAGGGUUGAUGUCUCCAUACCAAGAAAUUUGGAAAAGAAGAGGGAGGGUUGUAGGAAUCAAUUGGGUCUUCCUUACCAUGGAUACAUUUGGAGCGCUAUUCUCGCUCCUAGCUCUAGUUGUUGAAAGUUCCUUUGAUGUCCUCGGAGGUGUUAUGUACUGUGUUGUGUUGGCUUUGGAAAUAGGGAUCUUUGGAAGCCACAUAGUCUGGAGACUGUUGCAUCGUGACCUGCUGAAGGAAGCCAAGGCCGCUGGCGUGACCAUCGAUGAGAUACUUGAAGCUAACAAGCGGACGGUCACUCCGUCUAGCUUGGUGGAGAGUCAAGACCAUGUAGGAGUGGCAACGGUUGACACAGUUGAGCAGGCUAGGAGGUAG